UCGGGGAGACCGGGAGAGCGGGGCGGAGGCUGGGGGGAGACCAGGAGUAAAUCACAAAAAUUUACUUUGCAAACCGUGGCUUCUGGCAGGAACAGAUCAGUGUCGGGACAAAGUACACGGGCCUCGUGUGAAACUCAGCCACAAACCCACUUACCCUGUCUGACCUGCCUCCGCCACCAGGACCUAGUCUCAGUGAAAUGGGAAAGGUUCCCUUGUCCUCCUCGAAGGGCGUGCGAUGGGGAUGUGGCUCACUUCUUCAGUGCCCCGCUGCGCAAGCCUCUAGGGGAGCAUACAGACAGGCAGGCUGAGGGGCUCCCACCCCACGGCAGUGUCUAGGGGUGAAUGUUUGCAGCUCCUGAAGCCCCAGUAGGCAUGUGUUAGAGGGUGCUCUUUCAGUUUAGCCUUGUAGGUGACUUGUGUUAGCUAUUAGACUCGCUUCCUUAUCGCAAGGACAGAGGGCUUUCUGUAUCCCCGGGUUUCUUGCCUUGAUGUACCGGAGCAAUCAGAUCACACGGCGGCUUGGACAACACCGCAACUUCCAAGAAGGAUCACUGGUCCUGAACCCUGUGUCUUGUCCAGGUGUGGACCCCAGAAAAGUUGGUCCUGGCUGGGCGCAGUGGCUCUCGCCUGUAAUCUCAGCACUUUGGGAGGCUGAGAAUCCAGGGACCAUGGGCGCCUCCAGGCUGUAUACCCUGGUGCUGGUCCUGCAGCCUCAGCGAGUUCUCCUGGGCAUGAAAAAGCGAGGCUUUGGGGCCGGCCGGUGGAAUGGCUUCGGGGGCAAAGUGCAAGAAGGAGAGACCAUCGAGGAUGGGGCCAGGAGGGAGCUGCAGGAGGAGAGCGGUCUGACAGUGGACGCCCUGCACAAGGUGGGCCAGAUUGUGUUUGAGUUCGUGGGCGAGCCUGAGCUCAUGGACGUGCAUGUCUUCUGCACAGACAGCAUCCAGGGGACCCCUGUGGAGAGCGACGAAAUGCACCCAUGCUGGUUCCAGCUGGACCAGAUCCCCUUCAAGGACAUGUGGCCUGAUGACAGCUACUGGUUUCCACUCCUGCUUCAGAAGAAGAAAUUCCACGGCUACUUCAAGUUCCAGGGUCAGGACACCAUCCUGGACUACACGCUCCGCGAGGUGGACACGGUCUAGCGGGAGCCCAGGGCAGCCCCUGGGCAGGAGAUGUGGCUGCCGAACAGCCGCAAACCGUCUUCACCUGGGGGCAUUGAGUGGCGCAGAGCUGGGUUUUGUCUGGAAUUAACUGGACGGAAAGGAAAAUAAAGGUCUCUAGCAGUG